AGAAAAAAUCUCUAUUCACCAAUCUGCUAUAAAAAGUUAGAAAACCCUAUCCAUGCGCUUAUCUCAUCUCUCUCAUAGCUCCGCAUCUGAAAACCCUACUCAGCAUUUCCUAGCUGCGCGUCUGCGAUUUUUGUCUUCUUAAUAUGAUCUGCUUUCUUUUGGACAGAUUUCUUCUCACUACGUGUCUGUGUUUUUAUAGGGUUUUCGAUGCCUUUAUUCGGCAACCAUGAGAGAGUGUAUUUCGAUCCAUUUGAGGAGCUCUACUACCUCAGGCUUGCGCGUUUUUCUUUCUUUCUUUGCCAGGGUGUAUGCCCUCAGGCCCUUAAGUAUCGGGUUUUAGAUCUUUUGUGGGUUGGAAUGUUUUUUGGCUUAGCCUGAUGGUCAGAUGCUGAGCAACAAGACGAUGGGCAGUGGCGAUGAUGCAUAACAUCUGCCGUCAUUUUCUUGAUAUUGAGCGCCUACGUUAACUAACAUUAACACGCUGGUUUCCCAGGAGGAGCUGGGCGUGUUGCAGUUACACGAGAGACAUCCUGCGACACAGGGGUUGUGGGAUCGAUUGAUACAGACGAAGAUUGAUUGUAUUGCGGCGACGGGACUAUAUGAGAUGAUGCACAUGCCCGUGAUUCAGAUGAAUCACGGUUUGAUCACAGCGUUAGCCAAGCGGUGGCACAGCGAGACGUGCACCUUCCAUCUGGCACAGGGGGAGAUGACAGUGACCCUAGAGGAUGUGUGGCACAUCCUGUGGAUUUCGAUUCGGGGGAAGCUGGUCACAUAUGACAGAUCUUGGGGGACCCUUGCAGUUCAGAGGAUUUUUGGUGAGGACGUGUUUAUUGAUGAUGGCUCGAUUGCCUGGGAGGAGAUAGCGGCGUUAUAUGAGCCUCUUCCAGCAGUCUUAUCAGGUAUCGUGGGAGGACUUCUUUGUCCAGACAGGCGAUCACAUGGUUUGGCCGUAGGGUGGGGACAGGUGAUCGAGAUGAUGAUUAUCGAGGGGACUCGAUUUGCGUGGGGGCCGUGCGUGCUGGCGCACCUGUACCAGGAGCUCCAUGAGGUGGUUUAUCGGGGGAGAGGUUCUUUAGCAGUGGGAGUGACGCUGCUGCAUAUUUGGGCCUUGGAGCACCUACCAGUGACUCGACCGGUGAGUUUGAGAUUCCGUGCAGUAGAUCAACUAUACAUGUUCAUGUAUAGCGGCAUGAUGAGUCAGCCCCACCUGGGGAAGUUAGAGUGGUGGCGACGAGCAUUAGACGAUCUGGAUGCAGUUAUAUGGCGUCCAUACUUGGAGUGUGAGCCAUGGGCUGACGAUGCAGAGGCACUGCUGUAUGUGUUUAUGACUCGAUUCCUUAUGGGGAGGACCUCGUACCAUGUGGAGAGACAGGUGCCCGGGAGAGUGUUGAGACAGUUUGGACAGCAGCAGGGACUGCCUAAUGGAUCAGGGGAGUAUGCUCGAGUGAUUCGGGAGAGGUAUGCAUGGGGGCCAGUGCUACCAUAUGAUCAGGCACUGGCAGAGUUUCAGACGCUGCAGGCGAGAUCAUGGGAUAUAUGACCGAGGGUCGUGGAUGCAGGAGUGUCAGAUGAGUACACGUAGUACCGGGCAGCGCACCCGAUCUUACGGAUAUCUGAUCCAGCAGAGGCGAUCCCGGAUUUUGAGGAUGAGAGGGGACGAAGACGGAGGAGGGCAGGAGGUCGAGGACCGAGGGCAGGGGGAGGAGGAGAGGGAGGAGGAGGUGGAGGAGGUCUUGGCGGAGUCAGCGGAGAGGGAGAGGUGUGGGGAUGCGGAGUCAACGGAGAGGGAGAGGUGGACUGCCUCUACAAAUAUCACAGGGACCAUUGAUACAAGGAGGAGUUCGGCUGAGUGGGAGGGGGAUGGAGAGGGAGAUCUCGAUGGACAGAGGGGAGGGAGCUACUGGAGAGGGUGGUACAGGUGAGGUGGCGAUGGAUACCGUGGAGGGAGCCACUGGAGAUCUUCGAGAUCAUAUGAUAGCACACUUGCAUACCCGGGUAGAGGAUUUGGAGGCGGAGGUGGCAGCUAGGGAUGUGCAGCUAUUUGCACGGGAGUCAGAGCUGGCGGUGGUGCUGCGGGAGAGGGAUAGUGCAGUGGAGAGAUUGGCAGAGCUACAGGAGAGAGUCCGGGUGGGAGUAGGAGCACAGGGGCCUACGGGGGAGGUGAUGAGGGAGAUGCGACUAGCACAGGCGGAGAUAGUCUACAGGCGGGGUUUAUAUGAGCAGGUGGUGCUAGUUAGUUAGCGAGCUCUUAGCUAUUCUCAGAUGUGGCAGGCUAGAUUAGAGCGAUCGCAGAGGGUGCAAAGCAGUGGGGGUGUGAUAGGUCCUCUGCGAAGGGAGAGAUCAGGAGAUGCAGGAGUGAGUGGUGGUUCGAUGAGGCCUCCACGGAGAGAUGGAUCAGGUGGUGCGGGCACCAGUGGUGGAGUAGGUGGAGGUGGAGGAGGUGGUGGGACAACAUCUGGUUAGAGUGGCAUUUGAGAAAGCAUUUUUGCAUAUAUGUAUUGUAUCAUUGUUUAUUUUUUGGACUGUAUCUUG